UAUCUUGAGUAGCGUUCAAAGACGACGAGAAAAGCGGGAGUCUAGAAUAAAAGGCAGUGUCGAGUGACGAGAGGCAGAGAAAGAAGAACAAACAAACAAACAACACAGAAUGUUAAAAUGAAAAUGGAGUCAUCACACUGAGAGAGAGAGUGAGUGAGUGAGAAUUCAAUAGAGAGAAAAAUGGGGUUCGGAGAUCAGAAGCUAGAAAAACAAAUCGGCAAACAGGUGGGGUGCAUGACCGGUUUCCUCCACAUCUUCGACCGCCACGCCGGAAAACGCAUCUCCUCCGCCAAACGACUCCCUCCUCCACCGCCUCCGGAAACACACGGCGCCUCUCCGCCGGAAUCAUCCAAACCGGAAACACAGAACGAACCUCCGAAGACGCAGACGCCAUGUCCCCUUCCGGUUCUCGAAUUCAAGGAAGCCACGACGACGAGAAAAUUCUCCAAAGAAGCUCCGAGACUAUCCUUAGAUAGCAGAGCCAUCGUGGAUGCCAGAGGAAGCUUCCACCCGAGAGAGGUGGAGAAGCAGCGACGAUCCACCAGCGUCGUUGCUAAGCUCAUGGGGCUGGAGGAUUCGGAUUCCGAUUCCGACCCGGAGCUUCGAAGAUCCGCUUCUGAAUCCAGGAUUCCCAAAGAAGAUCUGGUUCUGCCGAAACCACAGUAUCGUUUCUUCGACACCACAAAUUUCCAGUUAAAGCAAUUGCAGAACCACCAUGUUGAUAAACGAGCAUCAGAUCCAAACGCGAGGGGAAUGAUGAGACAGAAGAAGAGUUUCUUCGAUUCCGCUGAUUUUUUCCCUGGAACGAAACAGAGUGUUUCUGUUGUUCAUGGAGAGAUUGAAAGGAGGUUGAAGAUGCGAGGGAUCGAUGAGCCUUCCAAGGAUCUCGAUGCUCUUAAGCAAAUCCUGGAAGCGUUGCAGCUCAAAGGCCUCCUCCAUUCCAAAAACUCAACGCUUCCGUUGAACCACCGGAACUUCGUCUACGACGGAACGUUCUCGUAUAACGAUUCUCCGAUUGUUGUCAUGAAACCUGGAAGAUCUUCUGGUUCUUUGAAUCAAACCAGAUUCACCGGGAACGAUUCUCCACCGGCAUCUGCAUUCCGGUCGAGGCAAGAACCGGGUCGAAAUGUGAAGAGCAGAAACCCAAACUCGCCAACUCACAGCCCGAACCGGAUGAGGAAGGGGACAAUUACAAACGCGGAGAAGCAGAGAAAAGUGAACGACGGUGGUGAUCGGAAAAGGACUAGUCCGGUUCAUUCUCCCCGGGUGAACUCCAGACUCAAUGGACCGGACCGGCAAGCAACCUCCCGGUCGCCGAGGAUGAGACAAACAAACCGUUACCAGAAGGAGGAGAAGGCCGUGCCCGUGGUUGUGGCCACCGCGGAGGACGCAUCAUCCACCGUUUCCGAUAGCAGUUUCAGCACAUCUUCAUACACUGAUACAGAGAGGUUGAAGGUGGAGGAUCCGUACAGGGAAGGGAAGAAUCUACUCCGGAGGUGUGAUAAGUUACUGAACAGCAUAGCAGAGCUACAACCGAGUCCGGUAUCGGUGCUUGAUUCAUCAGUUUACAGGGAUGAUUCGUCGUGUUCACCUUCACCGGUGACGAAGCGGUGCAUUGAUUACAGAGAUCAAACCGAGUUUGAAGAUGAUGUGUGGAGCGCAGAUCUGUAUUGCAGUGAAGCCAAUUUCGAAGAUCGCGAUUUCAAUUAUGUUUCUGAGAUACUCCGUGCUUCUAAUCGCUUACCGGAAAACAGCAACGUGUUUUUGUUUCUGGAGAAGCAGCAGAGCCUCAGGGGAAACGAGAACAACACUUCCAAAGCCUCCACUCUCCAGAGGCGGUUAAUCUUCGACACGGUUCACGAGAUUCUCAAUCGGAACCGCCGUCUGCCGCCAUGGAGGGUGGAUAACGCGCCGUUGCUACGUCGGAUCUGGCCGGAGUUUGUGAGGAUCCGGGAGAGGGAAGUCUCAUCGGAGGACAUGUUCGAAGUGAUAUGCGGGUUGUUGAGGAAGGACAUGGCGGAGGAGAGCACCACCGUGAAUGAAUGGGGAGAAUCUCCGGUGGAGAUCGGGGAUAUGGUGCUGGACAUCGAACGGUUCAUAUUCAAAGAUCUCAUCGGCGAAACCAUUCGAGAUCUGGCUUCGUUUAAAGGAAAACGUAACAGAGUCUCAGCACUUCGCAGGAAGUUGGUGUUUUGAAAAAGAAAAAGAAAAUGAAAAGCUAAUUAAUAAUUAAUUAAUAUAAUAUAUAUUUUAAAAUAACAUGUCAAAGAAAAAGUGAGGGUCGCUUUGUUUGAAUUUUUCGCGCGCUUGCUUUUCCCUUUGCGGAUGAUCAACUCCAUGGUUUUUUUUAAUGGUGGAAUGAGGGGUUUAAGACCUGAAAUCCAGGCAAUUGUAAUGAAGAUCACUUUAUAGUUUAUAGUAGUUUAGGAAUAUAGUUUGGUGAUUAUGCUUUUUGGAGAGUGGUUAGAAAAAUAUGGAAAUGUCAAAAGUUGCAAUAAUUGGUAAGAUCUGAGAUGUGAUGCACAAGCACCUGUUUGCUUAAUAAUUUUUGUUACCAACUGGUAUGAUUUAUGCUGUCCUACAAGAAAUUAGAGAGUAUUUGUAAAAAAUUUUAAUAUUACUUUGUGAGGAUUUUUUC